AAAAUGGCACAUAUAUAUGUCAAUUAAAUAAAAAAAAGCUUGUCGGAUCCCAUAUCGGAAGCUAAAAGAAACAAAGCUAUAAAAAUAAGAUAAGACGGUGGCAGUCGCAGCCCUUUCAACAAGCAAUGACGUCGCCUCCGCCUCCUGACGAUGAUGCUUGGGUCCGUUCUCAUCACCGUUUACUUCCCCAAUCGCAAUCGCUCCUCUCUUCCCACCGGUCAGUUAUAGCGGUUGCAAUAUCAAGGGUAAAUCAGUUCGACGCUGCAAGGCUAGAUGUUGAAAUGUCUGCCAUGUUGAAGGAACAGUUGGUUAAGGUUUUCACUUUGGCCAAGCCAGGAAUGCUGUUUCAAUACGAACCAGAGCUAGAUGCAUUCCUUGAGUUUCUCAUUUGGAGAUUCUCUAUUUGGGUUGACAAACCUACCCCUGGAAAUGCUCUCAUGAAUCUUAGAUACAGAGAUGAACGUGUUGCUGCCCAACUCUCUGGCAAAGUCAGAACAGGACUAGAAGGCCCUGGACUUACUGCUCCCCAAAAGAUUUGGUACUGUGUUGCCUCAGUUGGUGGUCAGUACCUCUUCUCCCGUUUGCAGUCGUUUUCUGCUUUCCGUAGGUGGGGUGAUUCUGAGCAGAGACCAUUGGCUAGGCGACUUUGGACCCUCGUUCAACGAAUUGAAGGCAUCUAUAAAGCUGCUUCUUUUCUUAACCUCUUGUCCUUUCUUUAUACCGGAAGGUAUAGGAACCUCAUUGAAAAAGCUUUAAGAGCAAGGCUUGUCUAUAGGAGUCCCCAUAUGAACCGAUCUGUCAGCUUCGAGUACAUGAAUCGCCAACUUGUCUGGAAUGAAUUUUCUGAAAUGCUUUUGUUGCUUCUUCCGCUGCUCAACUCUUCAGCUAUAAAGAAUAUUCUUAGUCCAUUUGCCAAAGAAAGUUCCUCAAGCAAUAAAGAGGAUACAGUUGCUUGCCCCAUUUGCCAAGUGGAUCCUGCAACUCCGUUUAUUGCUCUGCCUUGCCAGCACAGGUACUGUUACUACUGUAUAAGGACCCGCUGCGCCUCAGCAGCAUCAUUCAGGUGUCUUAGAUGUAACGAGCCUGUGGUUGCCAUACAACGGGAAGGUGUUUCAAGUGGCAAAUGAAUUGGGAGAAGAAUUACGAAUAAGGCAAACAGCAGAAGAAACAUUGUUAGAAAGUGGUGUUUUCAAACAGGCUUAUACAAUAAAGGAUAAAAGCUUGAAGAAACAAGUUUUAGGGAUAGAUGAACCUCUUCUGUACAUUAAAAAAGUUGUAAUUUGUAAACUACUUCUUUAUUAGAAAUCAAAUUGGAAUGUCGGCUAUACUUGAAUAAUUCAUUUCCUUA